AAUGGCGUUAAUGAGAAACAUAACUAAAUAUUGCAAUAUUAAUAGAACGUUUGUGAUUGAAUAUAAGUCACGUGGGUAUGUGACGUCAUCCGGACCACCUGAGAUUCCAAAAUGCGAGUUUGAAUUUAAAGGAUAUGGUGGGAAGAAUUAUGACGAAACAAAGGCAAUUCAUGGAUCGAAAUUGUCACCAUCUGUAAGGAAUUACUACAGCAAGCCACUACUCGCCACCCAGGGGCGAAUGCAAUGGGUUUGGGAUCAAAAUGGCAAACGAUAUCUCGAUCUAUUUGCCGGAAUUGUCACAGUCAGUGUCGGUCAUUGCCAUCCUAAGGUUAAUGAAGCCGCUCAAAAACAAAUGGAAAGUUUAUGGCACACUACCGCCAUCUAUAUGACCCCUCCAGUGUACGAAUUUGCAGAGAAGUUAGUGGACACUAUGCCAGGGGAUUUGAAGGUUUGCAUUUUCACAAACAGUGGUUCAGAGGCGAAUGAUUUAGCCUUGAUGUUAUCGAGAGUUCACACGGGUGCAUUUGACGCAAUAUCUCUUCGUAAUGGAUACCACGGAGCCGGACCAUACUCGGUUGGUUUGACAGCCCAUGGGACCUGGAAACACCGUUAUGCUAAUGGGUUCGGAAUCCAUCAUGCAAUGAACGCCGAUCCUUAUCGUGGUAUUUGGGGAGGAUCAAAUUGCCGGGAUUCCCCUGUUCAAACAGACCGAACUUGUUCCUGCGCGGAAGGACAUUGUAACGCGGCGGAUGAAUACAUAGGACAACUAGAAGAAACUCUCAAUUAUUCUGUAUCUCCCAAGAUCGCCGCUUUCUUUGCUGAAUCAAUUCAAGGAGUUGGCGGUUGUGUUCAGUUUCCGAAGGGCUACUUGAAAGCAGCAUUCGACCUGAUGAGAUCCAGAGGCGGGCUGUGCAUCUCUGACGAAGUUCAAACUGGAUUCGGUCGAUUGGGAUCACACAUGUGGGGGUUCGAGACUCAUGACGUCAUACCUGAUAUCGUCACAAUGGCAAAGGGAAUCGGGAAUGGAUUUCCAAUGGGUGCCGUUGUCACAACGCCAGCUAUCGCCCAAUCAUUGAAAGGAGUUUUACAUUUCAACACUUUUGGCGGGAACCCCGUCGCAUGCGCCGUCGCAAGCAGUGUAUUGGACGUCAUGAAGGAAGAACAGACGCAAAAACAUAGUGCUAAAAUUGGGACAUAUUUUCUUCAAGAGCUCGAAAAAAUGCGGGGUGAAUAUGACGUCAUCGGUGACGUCAGAGGAAAGGGGCUCAUGAUCGGAAUCGAACUUGUCUCAAACAAAGCUACGAGAGACCCCUUGGUAGGCCCGGAGUACGCUAAACUUUUUGAAGAAAUUAAAGACUUGGGUGUUUUGGUGGGCAACGGCGGUUUCCAUGGCAACGUAUUACGUGUUACACCUCCCAUGUGCGUCACGUAUGACGACAUAAACUUUGCCUUGUCUGUGUUGAGAUAUGCGUUCCAAGCCCGUAAGGAUCGCCAGGCCUAAUUACUUUGUGUGUUGUUUAAUCAUUAUUGAACCAGUAAAAAAAUUAAAAAAAAUGGUUAAAUGAUAAUUUUUUCACAGAUAGAUUUAAGGUCCAAAAUAUUUUUUGGUGUUUUCAAGACGAAGUCACGUUGAAGAAGAGUAUUGCUUUAUUAGUGGGAGAUCUCACAUCUUAAUUCUAAGAAUCAAAUUUCC